GCCACGCACACCGUACCGCCGCGUCCACCUCCCGCUCCGAGAUCACCAUGGCGAUCAACUCCUCCUCGCCGGCACCCGCGCCGUCCCCGGCCACCACCCUUUCCGCCGUGCUCGGCGAGGACCGCCGCCGGGAGCGCAGCCACCACGGCCCCGGACUCGGACAGGGCCGCCUUCUCCCCCUCCUCAUCCCGGCAUGCGGGCGCCCCGUCGGGGCGGUGGGGAGGUCGUCACCCUCAUCCUCGCCGCACUCCCAGAUCAUGAGCAAACUCCACCGCUGGGGCACCGCCUUCCUGCCGAAGAGCGGCGCCGCCGUCGCGCGCGACCUCGAGGCCCGAAGGCGCACACCAAGCCCGCCACCACGGCCUAGAGCGUCGUCCGCGGCGGCACCGGCCGCGGCCCAGGCGUUGCCGCGCCACGAGGCGCCCGUCAUGACUGUGAGUGUCCCCGAGAGGAGGCCUUUGAGGGAGAGAGAGGAGCCCGCCGUCGGAGAGCCGGCCGCGGGAUCCAAAGCCAAUGCCGAAGCGGACACGUCCACCGGCGAGAGCGCAGGGAGCAGCGAACGCGCGACGUCGAUCACUCCUGUUGGAAGAGGAGGAGGGGGUACCUGGCUGAAAGCUUCGCCGAAGAAGACAAUGAGAUAUUUGUCACUGCAGACGGACAUCAGUGAAGAGGGCAAAUCCCCUCAGUCGCUCGCCGAGUUGCCGGCGUUGGUCGUGGCGACCGACGACAAGUUCGUGUGGGCGGACAAGUACCGGCCCAAUGUCCUCAACGAGUUCAUCUGCAACAAGGCCGUCGCCGCCGAGCUCUAUCAGCUGGUUGUUGCACACCAGUGCAAGCAUUUCAUAUUUGAAGGGCCGCCGGCGGUUGGGAAGAGAAGUAUGGUGUUGGCACUUAUAAGGGAUGGUUUUGGUCCUGAUGAUCUCAAGAUAGAGGAACAGACAAAGAGAUUUGAGUUGAAGGGAGAAAUUAGAAAGCAUAUUGAUGUCAGAGUGAAGAUUUCAGGACAUCAUGUGGAGGUAAACUUGGCUGAUUUACAUGGCUAUGAGAAGUAUGUCAUAACUACUUUGUUGAAUGAAUCCAUCCCAUCACCAAACUCGGUUUGUGAUCAUACUAAAUGCAGAGUGAUUGUUCUCCAUGACGCUGAUAAACUCUCGUCCGAUCUUCAACGUUAUAUUGGUUGGUUUUUGGGGAGGUAUUCGGGGUGCGACAAAAUCAUUUUCUGCUGCUCCGAUGCUUCAAACCUUGAUGCUGUCAAACAUCUUUGCAAGGUCGUGACACUUCAGCCACCUUCAUUUGAUGAGAUAAUAAAGGUUCUAGAGUACAUCGCAACGCAUGAGAGCAUCUAUUUGCCUCAUGAUCUUGCCAGGAGAAUAACAGUAAGCGCAAGCAAUAAUCUCCGACAGGCAAUACGCUCUUUUGAAGCUACUUGGAAGGCAAACUACCCGUUCAUAGAAGGCCAAGCUAUAUUGACAGGAUGGGAAGAGGAAAUCUCUAAUUUGGCUAGAAAUAUCAUGGAGGAGCCAAGUUCAAAGCAACUAUUUGUUAUCCGGGGGAAGAUCAGAAAAUUGAUUGAACAUGAUGUGUCACCUCAUUUCAUUUUCUCUCACCUGGUCGCUGAACUGAAAAGGGACAAGGAUGAAGAGUUUCAGCAUAGUAUAGAUGAAAUGGCGUUGGACUUGAACCAUUGCAAAGAAUGCAAGCUUCUAAAAGGACAGUGCAAAGGAUGCAAAUCUCGGGAGGCAGCUUUGGAAAUGAGAAAUAUGAACAUAGAAGGUUUUACCGAGGAGGCUCGUGACCAUGGGGAAACCAUCCAAUGCUUCAUAAUGAUUGAAGAAUUCACUGUGAGGUUCAUGAGCUUCUACAGAUCUUUAGUAGCGAAGAACUCGAAUAGAAGCGGUGCUCAAUGAAGAACGACUCAUAGCUUCAGUCGACAAAUCCCCUUGCGGAAGUUCUGUCGUACUGUUGGUACCUAAAUAAGACGCGAUGUGUCUUCGGAUAAUCAAAGCACCUCAAGAACGAUAGUGGUCUCGUUUCUACAUCCUGUA